ACUGGCUGCCAAUGAGAGCCUCCAAGAGUUACAAAGUUUAGUUUCAGCUUCCCGAGAACCUCUCUGCAGGGGCCCCCGGACAGCAGUGAAGCCUCACAGAAGCUGGUCACCAGAAGAAGAGCAACUAGGAAUGGCUGUCCCAUCUGUUGUGACCAUCCAGCCUCAGUAUGGCAUGCUGGCAUCCACUGCCUCGAGGAACCUCUGGCAGACAGGGCUGAUGGACUGCUGCACUGACUGCAGUGUCUGCUGCUGCGGGUUGUUCUGCUUCCUCUGCCUCACCUGCGAAGUGGCUGGGGACAUGAAUGAGUGCUGCUUGUGCGGGAGCAGCGUGGCCAUGAGGACCCUGUACCGCACCAGAUACAACAUCUCGGGGUCCAUUUGCUCUGACUACUGUAUCACCCUCUGGUGCCCUGUGUGCUCCGUUUGCCAAAUUAAGAGAGACAUCAAUCGGAGGAGGGAGCUGGGCAUAUUCUGAUGCUGCCCUCUUUACUGAGUCCCACAGAGCCGCGGCAGGCACUGCUGCCCUGGCUGUUGGGAAACGCACCAAAAAGCUGGGCCUUUGCCUUGGAUUACAAUUGACUCCUUCUUUCUUGAGAAACGUUAUGAAUAAACAGCAUUUUACCUUCUUGCCUA